GGGCGGGGGGUUGGCGGGCGUCGUGGGUGAUGUCAUCGGGGUAACAGGAAGUGGAUCUGGGGGGACAGGAAGUGCCUGGUGUGGGACAGGAAGUGGGUCUGGGGAACAGGAAGUGCGGGGCCCGGAUGGGAAGUGGGGUCAGCGGUGACAGGGAGUGGGCGUGGCCGCCCGCCCGUCACUCGCCGGCCCCGCCCCCCGCCUCCCAGCCGCGCCCGCAGGCCCCGUGGCGUCCAUCGUGGCCCCCGUCGUCUCCGUCGUCGUCCUCGCCCUGCUCGGCGCCGGGGCCGGGUACAUCCGGUCGCACAGGGGCGGGGCCUGCCUGGGGCGGGGCCGCGAGUCGCAGCCGGUGUGAGGACGACAUCAUGGCCGCCCUGUGAUGACCCCACGGUGACCUCGCCGCGACCCCUGUGAUGUCAUCGCCCUCGGGGAGGGGGAGGGGAGGAGGAAUAAAGCGGUGAUGACGUCA